CUAUGUUUCUGCUGAAAUUUGGUGCAAAGACACUGCCCUUGGCAUGGCUUGUGGUCCUGCAUUAGCUGGCUGGCAUAUUGCAGACCGAUUUUAAGAUUUACAAGCUUACAUUUAAUCAAAAUACGUUGCCCGGUUGGGUUAUGGGUGUUGCUUGGCUGAUAUAUCUUAUUUGGUUGUGGGUCACUUUCAAGGAACCUUCUCAUGAACCUGUAGAGAAUGAGAAUCAUGCGAAUAAUCAUCAACCAAAUGAUGAAGUGAACGAUGCACUAGAACAAGGCCUAAAACAGCCAUUGCUGAUUACUUCGGAUGAUAAGGGAUAUGAAGCUGCCGAUCAAGAUUAUGAUGAUAGUGAAGAAGCUUCACAAGAAUCUUGUCUACCAGCGACUUCAAUUUGGUCUGCAUACAGACUCCUUAUGCCAUCUGUAAAGAUUUGUGCACAACUCACUGUCUCCCGCAGAGUUCAGUUAUUGAUAUAUUUUAUGCUCAAAUAUGUAAUGGACAUUUUACUAUGGGAAUCUAGUGUCAUCACAACAUACUACUUUAACUGGUCAACAAGCAGAGUUGCACUUUUUCUCGCUUGCCUCGGAUUGACUGUUCUUCCUGUAAACGUUGUUGGAAGCUAUAUAAGCAACAUGUUUGAGGACAGGCAAAUUCUAUUAGUAUUGGAAAUUAUGGUUUGUAUCGGUGUCCUCCUUAGCUUCCAUUUGAUUAUUCCAUACUCCGUAACACAAUACAAAUGUUCGGGCCUCCUUUUGUUUUGUUUUGGCAGAAGUGCUUGAAGGUGUCAACUUGUCACUGCUUUCGCGAGUUAUGUCCUCUAGGUGGAACCUACGAUGGAGGGCUCUGGUAAACCGAGGCUAGAACAAUUGCGCGAGUUAUAGCGAACGCAACCAUCACCCUGGCUGGUUACUCGGGUCAGAGUAAUCUCCGUAAUGUCACACUGCUUCCUUCACUCUUCAUUUCCAUAGCCUCCAUCUUAGCAACAUGCUAUAGCUACAAUUCAUUAUAUUAGUUUAUGUUCCUGAGUUUCUCUCAGGCUGAGAUGGUUAGAGUAUAAUGCUCUUCAGCACGACCUCACUUAUUAUCUGUCAUUCUUUGUCUCCAUUCCAUAAUUUUGAUCAGUUAAGUGAUUGUGGCUUCAUAAAGUAGUAGUAGUAGCUAGUCUUUUGUUGUGUAGGGUGGCAAAAUGUGAAUUAUUGGCCGAAUAGAUUCCUUAAUUGUCAUUAAUU